UUGUGGAGCUCUACAGCAAUGUCAUUUUCAGUCAAAUACUGCAUCAUACUCUUUGUUGCUGCUUACGCAGCGGCCAAAGAUACCUUUCAUCCACUCUCCGACGAGUUCAUAUCUCUGAUUAACUCAAAACAAACCUCUUGGAAAGCUGGCCGAAACUUCCUAUUGGACACUCCGAGUACCCACAUCGAGAAGCUAAUGGGAGUCAUCGAGGAUCCAUUAUAUUCUACGCUGCCCCCCAAAGUUCAUGACGCUGACCUGAUAGCAAGCCUACCGGAGAACUUCGACCCGAGACAGAAAUGGCCUAAUUGUCCAAGUCUAAAUGACAUAAGAGACCAAGGAUCGUGUGGAAGUUGCUGGGCCUUUGGAGCUGUAGAAGCCAUGACUGACAGAAUUUGCACUUACUCAAACGGCACAAAACAAUUCCACUUCUCUGCUGAUGACCUGGUAAGUUGCUGCGAGUUUUGUGGAUUCGGUUGUUAUGGUGGUAUUCCAUCAGCAGCGUGGUUGUACUGGGAAUAUUUCGGCAUUGUAUCUGGAGGGCCAUAUAAUUCGUCGCAAGGUUGCAGGCCUUAUGAGAUUCCUCCUUGCGAGCACGGCGUAGAUGGAAACAGACCGAAAUGUGAAGCACCUGAUGAAACACCUGAUUGCGUAGAAAAAUGUGGAUCGGGAUAUAAUGUUGAAUAUAUUAAAGACAAGCAUGAAGCAAAAGUUGCUUAUUCUGUUAGCGGAGAAGAUCAUAUUAAAGCGGAAUUGUACGCUCACGGUCCCGUUGAGGCUGGGUUUCAAGUAUACGAGGAUUUCAUUCAUUACAAGAGCGGAGUAUAUUCUUACACAUCAGGGAUACUUAAAGGGGGUCACGCUAUCAAAAUCUUGGGAUGGGGUGUCGAGAAUGGAAAGAAAUACUGGUUGUGUGCUAAUUCCUGGAACAGUGACUGGGGUGAUAAAGGAUUCUUCAAAAUACUGCGAGGUGAAGACCAUUGCGGCAUCGAAAGUGGAGUUGUAGCCGGAGAACCUGAUUUAGAUGGAUUUAAAUAAAUAUGUAAAAGU